UCAAGAGAUCAAAAUGAUGAUGAUGCUGCUGCUCUUGAAAAGGGAUUAAACUUAAUAAAUCUGUCGUCAGUGGAAAAUCCAGCGUUCAUUGGGUUACUGUUCUAGUUUUCUGCAGUGAUGUUUUUGUAACCAGGGCAUUUUCUCCAGGUUUUUCGUCAGGUUGGUGUUUUAAUUACUAGCGAGUUUGACUAAUGAAUGCAUCGUUUUUCACUUUCCUCCAUUCCAUAGGAUUGGGAUACUGGAUGCACGCGGCCUAAAACAAUAACCUUAGUUUUUUAUUCUCCUGCUAUUCAGUUCUAGUCGGCACGUAGGUUCACCGUCUCCCCAACAGAAUUGACUGUUGGUGAGAACGGACCGAUUUGUGCUGACAACCGAGGAAGAGAAAAGGAGAGAUGCCGUUGCUGAGCAGCCGUUGUGAAGCUUGACUGAUCAUGAUGAAGACCGAUACCUCAUCUUCCAAGAGCACCGGCUCUGGUUCGACGCUGAGGAGCCCAUCCCCGCACCGGAACGCAUACGAGGCGGGGAUACAGGCGCUGAAGCCUGUGAAGGACAAUGCUGCAAAUGGCGAUUAUAUGCAGGAGGGCCCCCGCGGCCGCCGGAGCUACGGCUCCAACGUGCACCGUAUCAAGAACAUGUUUCAGCAGAUGCAAGGCCCAGGGAGCACAUCUCCCGGCGGGGAGGGGGAGGGAGGGGAGGACCUGGAGAAGACUACUGAGAGAGUGCGUCUCUCCCUCCCCAGAGCCGGUAGCCUGAAUGAGAAUGUGGACCACAGCGCCUUGCUGAAGCUGGGAUCCACUGUCUCAGAGCGGGUUAACCGGUUCAACCCCAAUGCCAAAGAAGAGAACGGGCAGGCUCCCCUAGCCUCAUCACCCAGCUACUCCAAGCUGCAAGAGACACGGAAGAUCUUUGAACAACAACAGGCGGCACAGCAGCUGGAGCGGGAGAAGCAGGCCGCUGCCACCAACCGGGUCCUGCUGAAGACAGAGCGCACCUCUGGCCUGGGCUUCCAUGAUGGCAGGCUGGACGUGGUGGCCCGGUUCAACGGCAGCACAGAAUCCCUGGACAGCCUGGACACCACCGAGGCCGUGUCCCCCACUGUCUCCCAGCUCAGUGCUGUCUUUGAACGGGCCUCUGAGCUCCGCAACAACCUGCACCGCCUCUCCUCCACCCCUCCACUGCCCUCCCGGGGGGUCAGCACCAAGGUGGGGGUGCAGCUCAACUCCAAAAUCAUCUCCAAGAGGGCGAACCGUGCUUCUGCCCUCCCAACUGCCAGCCAGGAGGAAGAGGGUGGUGGGGGGCGCAGCCAGAGGGACCUGGAUGGUCCUCCCAGAAGCCUCAGGGCUAAGGCUGCCCCCUCAUCCUCCUCUACCGCCGAUGGCCUGAACGGAGGGCAGAAUGGAGGCCACAGUGGCCCGACACUCCCCGAGCCCAAAGAGGGCCGGGAUAAGACUGGAACCCAGGCCAAAGCUGAAGGCCAGUCUGAGGAUCACUCUAGUGACCAGGAGCCCAGCAGCACAUUAGUGAAAGCUGACAUCCACCACAUCUCUCUGGAGAAUGGGGAGAACAGUACAGAGAGCGAGGCCCAGGUGAGGGAGACCUCUCCCAAGGGCACUAGCAGUGAGAGAGGGAGGCAGGGUGGAGAUGGAGUGAUGGGCCAGGGGGGUACAGCGGAGGAGGGGGAAGAGAGAACUGUAAAGGAUCAGUCAGGGGGAGAACAGGUGGAUAUCAGAACAUACAGCGCAGUGGGGGAGGACUCUGGAGGGAGCCAGCGGGAUGAGGAAGAGGAGGAUGAAGAUGAGCCGUAUGAGCCUGAGUCCAGCUGUCAUGAGAAACCUGGGCUGCCUGAAGAGGAGGACCCUCCACCCAGCCGGAAGAUCUGCUUCAGCACGGGGCCUAUCAAGGUGUUUGCCACCUACCCCAACGAGGACUAUGACCGUCGGAAUGAGGACGUGGACCCCAUGGCUGCGUCUGCAGAGUACGAGCUGGAGAAGAGGGUGGAGAGGCUCCAUCUGUUCCCUGUCGAGCUGGAGAAAGAUGGGGAUGGGCUGGGUAUCAGUAUCAUUGGGAUGGGGGCGGGGGCAGACAUGGGCCUGGAGAAACUGGGAAUCUUUGUCAAGACGGUCACCGAUGGAGGAGCGGCGCACCGGGAUGGCAGGAUCCAGGUGAAUGACCUGAUAGUGGAGGUGGAUGGGACCAGUCUGGUGGGGGUCACCCAGACCUUCGCUGCCUCCGUCCUCAGGAACACCACAGGCACCGUCAAGUUUCUGAUUGGUCGGGAGAAGCCGGGCGAGCAAAGUGAGGUGGCCCAGCUGAUCCAACAGACCCUGGAACAGGAGCGCUGGCAGAGAGAGAUGAUGGAACAACGCUACAGCCAGUACAUGGACGACCAAGAGGAUGGUGAAUAUGGUACUGAUGAGGAGGAGGAUGACGAGGAGGAGGUCAGCCCCACGGAGCCGUCUGCCAUCGAGGUGUUUGACCUGGCUGAGAACGAGGACAUCUCUCCCCUGGAGGCGGACCCUGAGAAGCUGGCCCAUAAGUACCGGGAGCUUCAAAUAAAGCAUGCUGUAACACAGGCAGAGAUCCAACAGCUGAAAAGAAAGCUGAACCAUGCAGAGCAGGACAAGCAGCGCUGGCGUAUGGACAAGAACCAGCUGGAGCAGACCCUGCAGGAGAACAAGGAGCGCAUGGAGAAGCUGGAGGGCUACUGGAUGGAGGCCCAGAGUCUGUGUCAGGCUGUGGACGAGCACCUGAAGGAGACGCAGGGCCAGUACCAGGCUCUGGAGCGCAAGUACAGCAAGGCCAAGCGCCUCAUCAAGGAGUACCAGCAGAAGGAGAUUGAGUACCUGAAGAAGGAGACUCAGCGCUGUGUACAGGACAGGGCCGAGGCAUCACUGAAGGAGGAGUCAGGACAGCUCCAUGAACAGGUAGCAGAUCUGGAAUGCAGGGUUGAAGAGCUGAAAUCUGAACCUUUAUAAAAGCCUUGUUUCCUAUGUCUCUUCAAGAACAUUAAGUGGAUACCAGGAUGGUAUUGUAUUUGCAGUGGACCCAGGGUAUUUCUUGCCUCAAACUUUAGCUUGGUUUGCGGUUGCAUACAUGUACCCUCAGGCUUUGUAUUGCUGCAUAUAAUCUCUUUAUCUAACAAUCCUUUUAAUCCUGUUUUUGUUGUUUGUUUUGUGAAUAUUUCUGAUCUGGUAAUAUUGCCAAUGGCUACUGGUUUGUCUGAUAGUUUAAUCAACCAUUUUCUUAACAUUAAAAAAAAAUACUGGCAAGAACUUCUGUGGAGCUCUAACCGUUGCUGUUCCUCAUUUUUUUCCAGUGUUCAGUAUUUGGCCAUUUGAUAGAAAAUAGUGUUUGGGUGAAUUAGAAAACCAGGCUUUUGAUUUCAAUUGCAAAAACAAAUUCCUUUUCUUUUCUUUGUUUUGUGAUGUUUUAUUUUCUGGAAUUGUCAUUUUACAGCUGUAAUACUGUGUGGUUUAUCAAACAAAGUUUGGUUUGUAUAUAUUUUUUAUUAAUACAUGUAAAACAUUUAACAUGUAUGCACUAAUGGAGUCAAGCGUUGGUGCAUAUGAUAACUUAUGUGACUGAGGAAGACAUGUAAUUGUAAAAUGUUGACACUGGAGAAGAUAUAGAAUGAUUGUGUUGGUGCUUCACUGGAAUGUAAGGGAAAAUAAGAGAUACUGUCAGCUAUCCAUCUCCUUCUACAAUUAGAUCAGCAAUCCAACCGUUGCAGGGGUUUGUCACUCAACUUCAGUCGACUGCUGCCUACCUUUCAGAGUUAACAACCGUAGUGUGUAUUGUUAGCCAGUCAACUCCGCUAGCCAGUAAUGGCUACUGAUGCGAUUCAGUAAGAGCAUAGUAAACCUUCAGUAACAACCCCUUUCUUAAGUAACUGAACUUACAUAAAAUAAAUCAUUGUAAAAAGGACCAGAAGAGAGUUUCUAAAUCUGCUGUGCUACAAAGGGACAUGGACAAGAUUUGAAAUCUGAUCGUUUUUAAUUUUAUUGUGGAUGUUAUCAAAGAUGUGUUCAACACUGACUGAAUGGCAGACACUGGUGAUGGAAAGUGUUGGGAAACACAACUGGUGCAUGUUCAUUAGGAACCAAACAGAAUAAAAUGGACUGAAACAGGGAAGGACUAGGCCUAUCUGGACUUGUCCGUUGUGUACCCUAAUGAACACAACCAUGGACUUCGAUGGUGAUGAAACAUCACCAGCAGCUAUUGUGCACUCCCCAUUCCUCUGACUGUAGCACAUGGAAUCACUGCCAGGUAGUAUUCACCUGCUUCUUCACAGUUUUGAGGGAAACUUACUGUAAAAAGCCUAUUUGUGUCAACUCCCAUACCAGUGUGUUUGUAUAGUUAAGAUGACUGAAAUAUUUGAGUUGUUUAUAUGGUAAACGCCAUAUGUGAGGUAUUGUAUUAAAGCUGGUAAGAUAAGCAAUGCAAAGAAACGAGUGAUGAUGGAAAGAAAAACAGUUUAGAAUGGAUAUUUGUUGAAUUUCAGAGGCAAGACCUGGGUGAUUUCACAAAGAGUGUUAGAUCAUUUGAAGAAAUAUCUCAUGAGCAUGUUAUGUAUUUUCAUAAGAUUUUAGGCGUGUACAGGGCACAUGCUUUGCAUUAUAUGUUUUGUGGAAUAAAUGGUGAACCGUGA